CCGCGGCGCCAGGAUGCGGGAGGGGAGCGCGGGCGGCCGCGGCGCGGAGAACCGGACGGGCGCUGAGCCCCCGCUGCACCUGUUCCCCGUGCCCGUGCUCACCGGCAUCACCGUCGCCUGCGUCCUGCUCUUCGUCAUCGGGAUCAUCGGCAACCUCAUGACCAUGCUGGUGGUGUCGCGGUUCCGGGACAUGAGGACAACCACCAACUUCUACCUGUCCAGCAUGGCCUUCUCCGACCUGCUCAUCUUCCUCUGCAUGCCCCUGGAUCUCUUCCGCCUCUGGCAGUACCGGCCCUGGAAUUUCGGGGACCUCCUCUGCAAGCUCUUCCAGUUCAUCAGCGAGAGCUGCACCUACUCCACCAUCCUCAACAUCACGGCGCUCAGCGUGGAGCGGUACGUCGCCAUCUGCUUCCCCCUGCGAGCUAAAGUCAUCAUCACCAAGGGGAAGGUCAAGCUGGUCAUCCUCUUCCUCUGGGCCAUCUCCUUCAUCAGUGCCGGCCCCAUCUUCAUCCUGGUGGGGGUCGAGCACGAGAACGGCACGAACCCCCUGAGCACCAAUGAGUGCCGAGCUACAGAGUACGCCAUCCGCUCGGGGCUGCUCACCAUCAUGGUCUGGACCUCCAGCAUCUUCUUUUUCCUGCCCGUGUUUUGCCUGACCGUGCUGUACAGCCUCAUCGGGAGGAAGCUCUGGAAGAGGAAGAGAAAGAACAUCGGUCCAAAUUCUGUCAUCAGGGAUAAGAACAACAAGCAAACUGUGAAAAUGUUAGUGCAGCCAUCAACCCCAUCCUCUACAACAUCAUGUCGAGGAAGUACCGCGUGGCCGCCUGCCGCCUGUUCGGACUCAAAGCCCUGCCCAGGAAGAGCCUGUCCAGCAGCAAGCAGGGCAGCUCCCGCAGGUGGACAGAGCCCAGCGUCACCACAUGACAGCAGGAGCCCAGAGCUGCGCUCGCUGAGUCUCCCAGAAAGCCAUAACGGGAGGGGGAAGAGGGCAAGGAACGGGAAUCACAACGCUGGAAGCGGUGCUUUGGUCAUCACCCGGAUGGGCUGAGAGGUGCGAUGCAGGCAGUGAGAGAUGGGAGGGGAACAAUCUAAAGUUUGGGACUGUGAGAGGAGAGACAAGCGGUCACAGAAUUUGGCAGUGCUCCAGGUGUUAUUUUUGUGCUCCUUUUGCCUGUAUGAUUUUGUAACGCUGACUUUAGCCCCGAUUUAGGCUGUGCCGCUCUGACCAGGCAAACGUGGCCCACUUCACUCGAGAGUUUGUACGACUUCAGCAGCGGCCAAUUCGAGCUGAAUUUUUCCAGAGUUAGCUUUAGUUUUGCUAAAAAUUUUGCUAGCAUCUAACCAGACCCUAGAGAGAGAAAAUGGAAUUGCCUUUUUGGAGUAGUAAACAGGAAAUUUGAUACACUUUUCAUAAUACCAAUUUUUAAGUAAGCUCACGUUUUUCUCUGAAUGAGGAAAAUGAUUUCUUAAAAAAAAAGAAAAAGAGAUAUAAAAUGGAUAAUUUUUAAACAUGCUAAAAAUAAAUAACCUUCAUGUCACAUCCAAGUAGAAAGGAAACAAAAAAAAUGCUUUCACAGAAGUGGCUUAGAAUGUGACUGUACUGAAAUAUUUUUUUGAAAUAUAUGUAUCAGUGGGACAAGGACAGUGCUGACUUCAGGCCUGCAGUGAUGCUAUAAAAAUGUGGAAUGCAAUCACCCACCAAAGUCUCUUUUUUUUUACUUGCUAUAUCAUCUGUACUUGUUCUGUUCAGCUUGACUGUGAAUGACUUUAUGUGUUUGAACUUGGAAGCUUUUGAUUGUUUCAAUAUUUGUAACGAGUCUGUGGCUACCUGUCCCUAACUGCACCCCACCGCACCCCAAAACUUGCUGAGGAUGGGCAUCCUGCCUGUAAACCCCCCAUGUUUCUGUUAAAAGUCUGUUCCCAGUGCCACAUCCCCCUGCAAAGCCUGGUGUGCUGUUGUGCUCAUUUGCUGCAGUAUUGAAUUGAGAACAUUUUGCAUUUUUUAACCACCGUGACCUGAGAAAGUAAUAGAAAAAUCUGCAUUAAAAGACACAGGCAGACACAUUCUCAUGCUUGAUUCAUAAACCCCUUAAAUUAGAUUUUUAUACCUCAAGUGUUCCAUUUCAAAGCAAACCAGAAAACGUUCCAUUCUCUGUGCUAAUGAAUAUGGCUUUUACUAUCUCACCAACCUGUGGGUUUUGUGGCCCACAGAGCUGACAGAGCUUUGGAGCAUGCAUGUGUGAUAGCAGCUUUCUGUUCACUUGGUUCUAGUGUUCAUCCCCAGCUGGUCCACAGCCCUUUCUCCCUGCUGAAUUUUAAUUCUCCCUAAUGAAUUUUGUGUUAGCAGAACUCACCGGCCUUCAACCCCCCGCUCACACCGAUGGGCCACUAUCCCCCUGCUACACCUUCAGCUGCUCAGGUUGAACUCACAAGAGAAAUUGGCUUCUUCUGUAUAUUCAGUGUCUUUUCUCUCACCUUUGCUGGUUGCUGCUCCUUGGUGGCACCUGAGCCUGUCCCCUCUCCACUCCAGGAGAGCAGGAUUUAUGUGCAAACACCCACUCUGAGGUACUGCAGGAUCAUCUCCUGCUUCACCUCUACCCACAUCCACCUCGCUGUUCUCUCACCCACUGACUGACAAGCAGGUCUGGUGGCACAAGUCAUGCAACUCAGGGAAACAAGACAUUUGGGAACCAUGGAGAGAGGGUGAGAUGUGAGCUCACUAACAACCUGUGUAAACGAGCUGAUCACACACACCCGGCGUCACAUCAGUGUUUCAAAUCUCAGCUGUGUCUGUGCUAUUAAAUGUGAACAGAAAAAGAAAUAAAGUGAUGAGACCCUUUAUAA